AUGGCGUGCCUGCAAGAUCGGCAACUUCCUUGGCUGGAGGCAGCGGAUCCUGAUCUCGGUGCUGACCUCCUUGACCUCAAUGCUGGGGCAGAUCCAUCAGUUGCCGAUGCCCAAGAGGGCGGCGAAGGCGCCUUCGACGCCGCGCUCAUGGCGUCGAAAGCGAAGGAGGAGAAAAAGACUGGCAAAAACAAGAAGAAGAGUUGGCUUGGUUGUGGCGGUGGCGCCUCCGCUGCCUCCGAACCGGUGGAUUCACCCGACCUCUCCGGCCUGGACGACCUUGUCCUUGGGCUCGACAUAGCCCCUGCGUCUAUGAUGGCCCUGGCCGCUUUGGAGCCGCAGGCGGAGUCCAGUCAGCGCAGGCAGAGAAUGAGGACUGAGCUCCGACAUGCUGCGCCAACAGCAAGACACAUGAACCAGUUCUCCGCGGACACUCGCCAGAGUCUGGAGAGAGAAUCGGUUGCCUCUGCUGGAGGCAUUGCUUCUGCAGCCUUUGGCGCGAUCAGGAGGAUUGCUACCAGUUUGACGCCAUCAGCGACGUUUGCUGCACCGAAAGCACAUGUCAGUACGCAGGCGUUUGGCAGCACGCUUGGCAGCACUGGGCUUGCGAGUCGACAGCGCAGGAGAAAGGAGGCUUCCUCGAGUUCAGAGGCCUACUCUCGACGGCCUGCAAGCAGCUCCUCAGAUCGCUACUCCGACAGAAGGAGAUUGUCGCUAGAGCCUGCUGCAGCUGGCAGCGAGGCCUAUGACCGUGACAGGGACAGAGAUGCUCGGAAUUCCGGAGCCUCCUCACAGGCCUAUGACCGUGACAGGGACAGAGAUGCUCGGAAUUCCGGAGCCUCCUCACAGGCCUAUGACCGUGACAGGGACAGAGAUGCUCGGAAUUCCGGAGCCUCCUCACAGGCUCUCGAUGAUUCUGAGGACUCCGUCUCUGCGAGUGUGGAGGGUGCAAGCUUCUCUCCGGAGCGAAAUGCACCGACGUACUCCUGGGGUGAUGUGGCGACCGCAGAUGAGGAGAAAGAGGACAAAGAGGAGAAAGAGGAGGAAGCGAGAGAAUAUGAUGUUCUUCAAGCCCGUCCAGAACCAAGAGUAUUGCCAACUCUCGGGAGUACCGCACCACGGUACGAGAGCCAGAGCAGUCGGGACCGUCGCGACGUUCGAGAGCUUCCAUGCCACGUGCUGUUCUCCUCACCGCUUUGCGUUGAAAUGCCAGUGGUGCUGAACGUGUGCUGCCAGCUUCCGGAGAAUGGCGACGUCGAGGCGGCCGUCCUUGAGCAGUACAAGGAGUGGGGCUUGGGAUUUCGGAUACUGCAACCUGCGGUGCUGGAGCGGGUAUUUGGCCUGGCCCGCGCCAACAACGCCAAGCAGACUCACGCGGAGGUCAUGCUCCAGCCGGGGGAUACGCUCUACAAGGUGCAGAUCUUCUCGGAAGAUCCCCCGGCCGGGACGCCUGCGACAUCACCAGCGCCGGGCUCCCGUGGCACAGAGAUACCGCCGCAGCCCAGAGGCACCACCCAGGAGAGCUUGGUGCACAACAAAAGCCUCGCGAAGGUCCUGGCACAAAUGCUGCAGAAGCCACCAGUCGGGGGACCGGUUCUGCGGGUCCGGCUCAUUUUUUCUGGCAUGCGGCCGCUGCCCCAACUGGACGUGGAGGCGGAGAUGACGGAGCUCCAGCGCAGCGGGUGCCGCACGCUGUGCGGCGCCUUUACCUCUGCAGCCAUGCGGGGCCUCAUCGCUGCCAAGGAUUGCGAGGUGCUGCACCUGGCGCUGCAUUGCUCCUCCGGCCAGGCACACCACCUGUACUUGGAGGACCCACAGGGCAAGGCUCAUGUGAUGUCUGCAAAGGAGUUCCAAGCCUUGUUGACGGAGGGCCAAAGCACGCAAUGCAUCAAGCUGGUGGUUCUGAACGCUUGCCACUCCAUGACCUUGGGCAAGUACUUUGUGGCCGCAGGGGUUCAACAUGUGGUGUGCGUUUGGGACCACCGGGAGGUGCGGGACGACAGCUGCCGCAGCUUCGCGCGGCACUUCUUCUCGGCGCUGCAGAACGGGCGCUCCGUGCAGGAGGCCUUCAAAUGCGGCGUCGCUUCCCUGAAGCACGCUGCAGAGCAGAGCGCGCAGAGGGACGCGGAUGCCUUCGUGCUGCUGCCAGAAGGCGGUGAUCACAGCGCUGUGCUGGCGCUUGGUCGCACCGAGAGGACACCUAGGCCGCUUUGCCAGCUGCCAGCAGUGGUGGAGGACUUUAUUGGUCGCGAGGUGGAUGUGUGGCGACUUCUGGACCUGCUGACAAGGAGGCGCCUGGUGGCGGUCACGGGUGAGAAGGGCAUCGGCAAGAGCACCCUGAUGGCCGCGGCGGGGCGCUUCGCGCAGCUCCGGAAGGGCUCCUUCCGGGAAGUGUUCUGGCUGGAUCGAAGUAGCUUCCAGGACUUGCUGCGCCUACUGCGGCCUGAUCUCAGCGUCUUGGUGUUGAUCGAUGGAUCUGCGCCGGCGAGCAGCGAGCAGCUACAGCAGCUGCUCCAGUUCAAUCCCUGCGUCCGUGUGGUCACAGCUACGACCUCCCAUGGCCAGUUUGGGAGCGACGUGAAGCCCACGACCAUGUCUUUGGGACCAGUGGAGCCAUUGGCACAGGCCCGACUCUUCCUCUUGCGAGCAGCACGUCCGCUCUAUGAAUACGAAAUAGAUGCCACCCACCAGCCAGGCCACGCGCCGAGCAGUGAGCCAAAGAUCGCUCACGGCUUGCAGUGCAUGCAGCUCAAAGACCUCCUGGCGCUGUCGGAGCUGCCCUGGUUCCAGCAGCUGCGCGGCAACCCGGCGCGCAUCGCUGAGGCAGCCCAGAGCUUGAAGCCUUGGCAGCCUCCCUUCGACGGCGACGACCAGGCGAAGAAGUUGUUGAAGAUCAAAGCCUUCCGGCCAGACGGCAAGAGCAAAGACUUGAUGCUGAAGUCUGACAUAACGCUCCAGGAGGUCAUGGACAAGUACAAGCCGGCGGGCAUCAAGAACCCGGAAGUGCUUGUCGAAGGAUGUGUGGUGGCAGCCACAGCCACCCUCAGAGAGUUUUACGAUGAUAAGGCAAUUGACGCCGGCUUCAUUGCCUUGCACUUCAAGGAGGAAGAUGAUUGGUAG